AUGGCACUUCGAGGUAGGGAUGAGUUUUUGACGCAUUCAUUCCGAAUGACAGAACUUGAAGAGACUUCUUGGACCCGCGCCCUGGAAGGCCUCACCGAGAAUGGUUCCUUGCAGAGUCUAACGCUGUCUGGAUCGGUGCCACCACGUCCGCUCAUCAUGUUCAUGCCGUAUGUUAUUGAGAAGGAGCGAAGUGAUCUCGAGAAAACUCAGGUCGCCCAGCAACGACAGAUGCUCCUGGGUCCUUCUGCCGCAGUACAAGCAGCAAAGCAACGUCAAUGA